AUGGCUCUCGCUGGCAAACACUGCGCUAUAGUCGGGGCCACCGGCAUCAUCGGCUCCCAUAUCGCCCAAGCAUUCGCCCGCCGGGGCGCCGUCCUCUCCCUUCUUGGCCGCUCGGUUCUUGAAUCCCGCCCCCGGCUCGAGCCCCUCCUAGCGCCUUACCUCCCUCCACCCUCGUCCCCAUCGCCUGAUACUCUUCAGGGUCGGUCCAACAGCAAUAUUCCGUCGGAGCAUCGCUUUAUUCGCCUUGAUGUCUCUCAGCGCGAGAAUAUCAAGGACAUAUUUGCGGGGCGGAGUCAAAACGAUGUUGGUUUCCUUCGCCUUUCAAUUUUCAGUGACAUGGACCAAGAUGCCAUAGUUGGCCCCGUUGAUAUUCUCGUCAACUGUGCCGGCAUUUCUCAGACGUCCUUUCUUAAGAGAACAUCAGAACAAGAACUGAGCGACGUUCUCGAAACCAACUUGAUGGCCACCAUGCUGGUAUGCAAGCAUGCAAAGCUCCGUCCUCAUGGCUGCAUCAUCAACGUGUCCAGCCUCAUGGCCACCAAGGGCGGAUCCGGAGCCACAGCAUAUGCCGCCUCCAAGGCAGGCGUAGUCGGCUUCACUCGUGCUCUUUGCCGUGAGCUUGGCCCUCGCUCCAUCCGCGUCAAUGCCCUGCUUCCUGGUUGGGUAGCUAGUCCAAUGUGGGAUCAUCUUAAGCCAGAAUUGCAAGCAGCCUUCCUCAAGGAUACCCCCUUAAACCGCGUAGGAGAUCCAGAGGAAAUUGCCGAGGCCGCCGUCUUUCUCGCCUCAAACGCCUUCGCCAAUAACUGUGUCCUCAAUCUCGACGGCGGAUUGAGUGCAGCCUGA